CAACAACUACCAAAUCACAUGCUCUGGUGGAGAUCAGUAUUCUGUAGCUCUUGACAAGAUGAAAUGCAGUUGUAGAGCAUGGGGAUUGAGUGGUAUACCAUGUCCACAUGCCUUGAGAGCCAUUCUCCACCAAAAAAAGGGAUCCAGUGGACUAUGUAGACCAUUGCUACUCAGUUGAGGUUUACAAAAAGGUUUAUGGACCAGCCAUAAUGCCUUUGAGUGGUGAAUGUUUAUGGGGGAAAAGUAUGUACAUCCCUCCUUUGCCACCAAAUUUUGGUAGAGGCAGAGGCAGACCAAGUUCUCUUAGAAGGAGAGAACCUGAUGAGGCAGACCCUAAAAGAAAGAAAUCAUCAAAUGGUCCCCACAGACUGAAGAGGCAACAAAGCACAGUGAAAUGUAGGAAGUGCCAUGAACCAGGUCAUAAUGCAUUGACUUGUAAAAAUCCAGCCAUGAAAAAGGGUAAGAAGGAAAAACAAACUGAAGGUCAAACCCAUUCCAAUGAAGCACCAUUUGGUAAUCCACAACCUCAAUUUAGGGAGAAACUAAAGGUCACCAAAGGAAAAGGAAGUGGGAAUCAAACUCAUACAAAUGCAAAUCCUACAGUCCUACCUCCCAAUCCAGAUGAUGUGAUGUUUAGUCAAAUUUCUGAUGAAGAUUUGGUUGCAGGCAUUGAAAGCCAGACUGAUAGCACAAUGUAUCAGCACAUGCAGUCCCAUAAGCCAGGCCCAACUUCAUUUCAACAGUUGAAGAUGUCCUCAGUUUCAGCCCCAAACCCCCUUCAAACAAGGAUCAACAUUAGAGCACCCCCACCAAUAAUAGGUGGAUAUACACUGCCAGUAUUCAGUUCACAACCAACCAACUCAAAGUCUAUUGUUAUUGAUGGUGGCCAAAAGUUCAUGGACCUUUCUCAAAAUUCAGUUUGUCUGCAGAAAAGAAAGAAAAAGAAGCAGUGACAACAUGGUCUGAUGUGUUUGUUGUGUUUGAUGUUUUAGAAGUACUUUUCGUCUGAUUAGGUUGUUUUGUAAGUGUUGGAAGUGUUUGCUGUACUGUGGAAGUGUUGG